GUUCAACUUCGAGCUGGAGGAGGAAGAACUUUCGAAGUCGGACGUACGAGGAAGCAACUUGAAGCGCCCCCAAAGUUCACUAUUCGCAAGGGACCUCAGAAGGUUAGGAGUGAAGGCCGUACUUUUCAGGGGGUGAGGUUUUUAGGCCUUGGCAAAUACCAUUGUGUUUGUUGGCAAGGGUGCACAAUGGCGACCACUGCAUUGCUCAAGUCACAAGCUCUACUCUCCUGUGGCCUGACGUCAAGCCACACACAGCAGAGCACAAGUAGUCAAGCGCAGAAGCUGGCCAUUCCGAGCCAGUUCACUGGCCUACGAAAUGCGGGGCCAGUUGCAGAAAGGUGGACGAGUCAGACCCGUCUAGUCCACAAGAAAGUAAAAAGUGUUCGGAGAGGAGCAAUGAGCGUCCAAGCAACAGCUGCCGGUGCCGUUGGGACUGCAGAGAAGCAAGUAACCGAGCAAGCCACUGUGCGCAUUGGGACUCGUGGCAGCCCCCUGGCGCUCGCCCAGGCCUACCAAACCCGCGACCGUCUCAAGCAGGCCUUCCCCGAGCUGCAAGACGAGGGCGCCAUCGACAUUGUCAUCAUCAAGACCACGGGCGACAAGAUCCUCAACCAGCCGCUCGCUGACAUCGGCGGCAAGGGCCUCUUCACCAAGGAGAUUGAUGAUGCUCUGCUGGGGGGCAGGAUAGACAUUGCGGUGCACUCAAUGAAGGAUGUGCCGACGUACCUGCCUGAGGGGACUAUUCUGCCGUGCAACCUGCCGAGAGAGGAUGUGAGGGACGCGUUCAUCUCGCCGCACGCGGCGUCGCUGGCGGACCUGCCGGAGGGCGCCGUGGUCGGGAGCGCGUCGCUGCGGCGGCAAUCGCAAAUCCUGCAUAGGUACCCGCACUUACAGGUCGUCAACUUCCGCGGGAACGUCCAGACCCGCAUCAGAAAGCUGAGUGAGGGGACGGUGAAGGCCACGCUCCUGGCCCUCGCCGGGCUGAAGCGGCUGAACAUGACGGAGCACGUCACCGCAAUCCUCUCCACGGAAGAUAUGCUGCCCGCGAUCGCUCAGGGGGCUAUCGGGAUUGCCUGCCGAACAGAAGACGACAAGUCGAAGGAGUACCUGGCUGCGCUCAACCACGAAGACACCCGGCUGGCCGUUGCUUGUGAGCGGGCUUUCUUAGCGACCUUGGACGGGUCGUGCCGGACCCCCAUCGCAGGGUUGGCGGUCAGGAACGCAAGCGGGGGGUGCAGCUUCCGGGGGCUGGUCGCCACCGUCGAUGGGAAGCAAAUACUGGAGACCAGCAGGGAAGGCAACUACACGUACGAGGACAUGGUCGCCAUGGCGAAGGACGCCGGGCAGGAAUUGUUGAAGAACGCCGGUCCCGGGUUUUUCGAUUGGUAAAGAAACGCGUUGGGCUGAGUCAGCUCUCGUCCUACUGAAACAGUGUUUGGGAUGCUUGUAUAACAGUGACGUUGGACGGCAAUCCACUUUCCGCAUUGUCGGGCUGACCGGAGAGGCAGGAGUCUACUUGAGGUCGUUGACCCCGAGCAGAUCUAUACUCAUUGACCAUUAGUAAUAGUCGCAAGGAUGCCAUGAUGUUUCGUAUAGCAACGGGCAAGGUUGGGAUUCACCCGGAGAUUUUCGAGUCCGGUCUAAGAGGUCCCAACUUUAAGCCAUGAUGAUGAGCGGAUCGAAUAUGGGCCUCGAAGAAGCACAAUUGCAUCUACUUGUAUGGCA